AUGGAGAGGAAGACUCUGUUUGCACUGGCGACGCUGUUACUUAGUUUGGGUGCGGUCAUAACAGAUGGCAGUCUCCUCAAUCUUCAGAAGAUGAUCAAAGAUGUCACUGGGAAGAACGCCAUUAUAAAUUAUGGUGCCUAUGGAUGUCACUGCGGAGUGGGAGGCAAAGGAAAAAUCCUGGAUCACACUGAUUGGUGCUGCCAUAAACAUGACUGCUGCUAUAAUCAAAUGGUGAGGAAGGGGUGCAGCCCCAGAACUGCAGGAUAUUCCUACACCUACCAGUCCGGGGAUGUGAGCUGUGGCAGUGGAACAUCAUGUCAACAGCAGAUCUGUGAAUGCGACAGAGAGUUAGCACUGUGCUUGGAAAGAAACUCCGGGAGCUACAGGACACGCUAUCGCUUCUAUUUGAAUAGGCUCUGCAGAGGUCAAUACCCUAGCUGCUAG